AUGUCACCAUGAGUUUUGUUAGCUAUCAACACCUUACAACCAUCAAACUCAUUGAAGCCAACAAGACAUCUUGUCUGGUGUACUAUGAUAUAAACAACGGGAAUCCAUUGCCCAUUAUUGUUUAGUAUCUUUCACACUAGUUGCUAACGCUGAUGGUUUCUUAGGCUCUGUCGCAAUGUUUGUAGAAUUUCUAUUUCUCCUUUUAGGACCUUUUUUUUCCAAUGUCCUUCAUCUCCGCAGAUAAAACAACAAGCUUUGUUCUUAUCAAACUUUUGCUUUGGCUUGGAUCUUCCCCUGCCUUUAGAUUUUUCUCUCUAUUGAUUUGAUUUUCUCUAGUGUUCUAAAAGAGAUCUACCAUUUGUUAAAAUUCUGAAAUUAUAUUUUAGAAAUGUCAAAUGACACGUUUUAUAUAUAUAUUAUUAAAAUGUAGAGAAUAUCUUGGAAACUGUAAAACACCAUUUUUAAAAAGGUGUAAAACCAAAAUCUUUUCGCUGGUUGCCAAAUGAAAAGAGAACAAAAUCUUUUCACCUCGAAGACAUCAGACAAUAGUAAAUCACUCAACAAAUCAGUUUAUACGAAUCUGCCACGUUAAAUUGUCGCUUUGGUCUAGAGAGAUGUCUUUCUUUAUUUGUAUAUAUUAACUGUGUUAUGGACUUCUCCUUCUCCACGGAACACACACACACACAUCCCUAGAGGAAGAACAUGAGCAAUCUUCAAACUGUGUCGAAGCAACUGGAGCCAUGGUUUGAACUUAAAGACAAAGUGGUUCUUGUGACAGGAGCUUCCUCUGGUAUAGGAAGAGAGAUCUGUCUAGACCUACCCAAAGCUGGCUGCAAGAUUAUCGCAGCAGCUCGUCGUGUCGAUCGUCUAAAAUCUCUCUGCUCUGAAAUCAACACAACCGGAGUCCAAGCCGCUGCCCUUGAGCUAGACGUUUCAUCAGACGCAGCCACCAUUCAACAAGCAGUUAAAGAAGCUUGGAAAGUCUUCGGAAAGAUCGAUGCCUUGGUCAACAAUGCUGGAAUCAGAGGCACUGUCAAGUCUAGUUUGGAUCUAUCAGAAAACGAAUGGGACAAAGUAUUUAAAACCAACUUAAUGGGAGCUUGGUUAGUAUCCAAAUACGUGUGCAUUUUAAUGUGUGACGCUAAACAAGGUGGUGGCUCGGUGAUAAACAUCUCAUCCGUUUCGGGGCUCCACCGCAGUUUAUCUUACGGUGCAGUCGCGUAUGCUAGUUCCAAAAGUGGUGUUGACACCAUGACAAGAGCGAUGGCUAUUGAGUUGGGUGUUUACAAUAUUAGAGUGAACUCGAUCGCGCCGGGGCUUUUUAAGUCAGAGAUCACACAAGCUCUUAUCCAGAAAAAGUGGUUCAAGAACGUGACCGACAGGAUUUUUCCAUUAACGGCGGAACAGACCGUGGAUCCGGGACUCACCUCUCUCGUUCGCUAUCUAAUUCACGACUCUUCCCAAUAUGUCUCCGGCAAUGUAUUUAUCGUUGAUGCCGGAGCUACAUUGCCUGGUCUGCCCAUUUUCUCUUCUCUAUGAGUCCUAAAAUCUUUUUUUUUCUUUUUUUUUUGCUACAAUAAAUGAAAACAGCUUACACAUUAAGAGCAUCUAAAUAUUCAAAAGGUCUUUGAUUAGUUUACAUAUAUUAUAUGUAUGUUUGCAAAUCAGUUUAACAUGCCAUCAUUGGAUUCUGAAUCAGAGCUCAUCGUAUUUGAGUUCCACUUUAACUAGAAAUCUCUUCUCCAUCAAAGCUAUAUAACCACCGUCCAUGUUCAUACACUCUUAACUCAUGAAUCCCUGUCAAAUGAUCAAAAAUCCCAUUAACUCUCAUCAAUAAACUGAUAAAGGCAAGAAAAAAGGCAUAAUGAAGAUCCUCUUUCAUUCACUAUUCUUAGAACAUAGCAUGAAUCUUUUGGUACUUACAGAAUAAACGAGAACUCGGGUAGCAUAUAAAGAUCUAACCUCAGAUUUAUAUGUAUAUCCCUACAAAAGAAUAUUAAAACAACAGGUUCUUGUUGGAGAUCAAUUGUGGGAUUUAUGGAUUAAAGAUUGUUAUCUCGGUUUGCCCAAAUAAUGAGUGAUUAUAUUUGGAUUGGGCGUUCGGUAUGCAUAGAAACCAAUUUGGAUGUCAUUUAAUUUUAUGAUAGGCUGAAUUAAAUGACAAUGGUUCAGAACAGGUUAAGUUACGGUUUACUGGUUUGGUUGUGGUCUCUAGCUCACGUAUAUAUGAAAGUAUAUAUAUUCGGUUUAAUAUAUACUAUAAGGAGGGGAUGUAUAUAAGGUAGAGACAUGAGACCAUAAAGUUAAGGUUCAUAAGGUUGAAAAGUGGAUUUUGUCAUUUAGCUAGACAAAACAUAAGGAUUCUCUCUCACUCUCAUAAGGCAUACUUCCUCUAUUCUCUACUCAAGCUCCCAUUACUUAGUAGAGGGUCAUUCAGAUACGAAGAGCUAGAAGACCAUCUACCUAUCAUCUUUUUGUAAGAUGAGUUCAAGUAAGUGUGUCAAUCUUUCUUAAUUUUUAGUGAUAAUAUGUACACUAGUAGAUCAACGGGUCUAAGGAUUUAUGUGGAGUUGAUACCACCUCCAUUAAGUGUGCAUAAAUCCAUUAGUUCUAGUACUCAGCUCCAGUGAUUCAAGCAAAUAAAAAAAGAAUCUCCCUUAUAUAACUAUACUUCCACAUGAUCAGGACAAAGACAUGUGUUAUUCGUUAUUACCACGACGAGAUGAUCCGUUUGGUUAAAGAGAGAUGAUACAUGUUUCAAGAAAUUUGGGUUAUUUUCUUGACCUUGUGGAAUAUAUGUUGGAGAUGGAUUACAUCUUUGAAACAAGGCUCAUCAAGUAAACUUAAUUUGGUAUAUUUGACUGCUUAUUAUUUGGAGGAAAAAAGAAGUCUGGCUAUAAAAGAGGAAGACCUAGUUCAAAGAGAAAGCAUUCAUAAUCACACAGAAACCAGCACAAAAUCUAGUGUUUAUUAGCUUUAUUGUUCUUGCUGAGUUAUUUACUCUUUGCGAUUUCAUUGUCAAUCAAUAAACGUCUUUCAAAUAAUUCACCAUUGAAUUUGUGUGUACAUAUUUUACAUACUAAAUUCAUAUUAAACAAUUGGCACCGUCUAUGGGGAAUUAGAAAUAAACGCCAAGUCAGAUCAAAGAUGGUUGGAGAAGAUCUCACCAGCACGGGCAUUACCCCUCCGGCAAAGGAUCUGGCCACUAUGAUGACCAUAAUGAAAAACUGAUGGAGCGUCUUAAUCAACAAAUUGCUGCAAACAAAAUAACCAACAAGUGCGUAAAUACCGCUUUCACGCCACAUGUUGCAGAUGAUGUGGAACCCGAGACCACAAGACGGCAACUCUAAAAAAAUCUCGGCUGAUCUGCGAACGUAUGCAUAACUUGGCUUUCUAAAAGAAGUGUAAGUACUAUUCCGAGUUAAAAUAUUACUGAAAAUGUGUUGUUUGACUUGUGUUUGCAAUGUGGUGGUUAUGUCUUGAUUGGACACUUAGCUGAUAUAUUCGGUUGUGAUUCGUUCAAAUGAUGAAAAUAACUCAGCUAAAGUCGAAAAGAAUUUUGAUAUAUUUUCUAAGUUUAUGGAAUCUAUCUGACGAGAUGGAUAAACAUAACUUAAAUAUAUUAAAGUCGAGAAGAAACGCAAAAACGCGUAAAUGAGACAAGAUUCAUUACAAAAGAUAGAAAACUGCAAAUUUAUUGACCGUCCUGUUCAAGAUCCAGUUCAGUAGCCCCAGCAGGGCCGGGGCAGUUUCCUCAGACAGACCAGUAAGACCACCGAUUUACUUGUGUACGUUCUGGUCCUUGGUGCCUUUCUCUAGGAUUUUUUUUUGAGGAACUUCUUGAUGAACCACCUCGAUGAGCUCUUGUUGUUCCACUCUGGUUUGAUAUCUUACAUCAUGACCUAGGUCUUUAGCUGGAGGGUCCUAUGCCGAGUAAUGCAAACCUGCGAGAGUCUUACGAUCGUCUAAGCUUGUUGCGCAACUUGGCUGACAAAAUAUAGGAGGAAACCUCAUAUAUGUUUUAAUUUGCUACAAGAGUCUAAUAUGUAAAAAUUGAAAUCUACCUUCAAACUAAAAUGGACUUGAUGGAAAUAAGAUUUGUUUUUAUGAAUAAAAGUUAGAUUCAUUAUAAAAAACAAUAUAAAUAAAGUUUUUGCCUGUUAUUUAUCCCUUAUGGGGAAAAAGCUGGGAUUACAGUUCUUUCAUGUGUCACAUUUUUGCAAAAUUUAUUAAGGUGGCAAAGAAAUCGAUAUUUCAUAUAGAAAACGUGUGAAAUGUAAAAAGUUUAUUACUCCCUAUGUUUCUAAAUAAAUGUCAUUUUGACAUUUUUCACACAUAUUAAAAAAGUGGCGAAAAUAUAUGUAAAUUGUUAUUAAUUAUAUCUAUGGCCAAUAGUAUUUGAGAUAAAUAAAAUUAUUUAUAAAAUCAAUGCAGUUUUCAAUUAAUUUUCAGAUGAAAGUAAAUAUAAUUUGCAUUGAAAUUAUUAAACAAUAUUUUUCUAUAACAAAAAAGGUUAAAAUGACAUUUAUUAUAAAACAAUGGAAUAAUUACAGUGUGGAAAUAUAAUUAAGCUUGUGAAUUACUGUAAUCGAAUUAUUACGCAGAGGAUUAUUGGGCCAAAAGUGUUUCUCAACUUCUCACAUCUUUAUUAUAAUCUUAGAACGAAGAUAAGCAUAAUAAAUUAAUUAUUGUAAACAGAGAAAUGCGUUGUAUUUAGCACUUUUUGGUUGGAACAUCAAUGCAUUGCAUUGUAUCUAGCUCAGAAGCAGACAUAAUCAAAUGGUUACUAUGAAUAGAAAAAGUGAAUUGUAUUUGGCUUGAUUUGUAAUAAUUUGAAAAGAGCACUUAUUAGGUAUAAUUAGUAGUCUGAGAGAGAUGGCAAACGGAAAGGCCAAACCAUGUUUGAAUACCAUUUUGGUGUGUAGAAGUUAUAAUGAUCAAAAUUAGGUUUAAGUGGGGCUAUUCAGAGACAGAGAGAGAGAGAGAGCAACUAAUUUAGAUAAAUAAGAUUUCAGAAUAAAUUGUUGAAUGAAAAAAUAAUAUGCUCCGUUUUUUUUUUUUAUGGUGUGGAACCUUAUUCCAACAUUUCUAAGACCUUGGUCGAAGCAUUCUAGCUCUGGCUAAUCUCUGGUCGAACCUCAGGAUUAUUGAGCAAACAAAAAACUCAAGAUUAUUGCUCAUUUCUAGUUCGAUUACCUCUUCGAAGCUUUAUUUUCAGAGAGCCUAUUUGACAUUGGUUUAAUUUUUACAUUCAAGUUAUGCAUUUUCACAUUUAUCCUGCCCCUUAGACCUAAAAUUUUAGAACUAGCAAGUCACUAACUAUGCCUUUCUAGGGUAGUGUACUUACCUUAGGUACUGGCAAGCUCACGCAGCUAAUUAGUUAAACUAUCAAUCAGCUAGUGCAGCUUGUUCAACUAGCAGUCGAGCUAGUUCACCUAAUAGCUCAACUACGUUAGCUUGUUUAACUCGACCAUUUGAUCCCAUAUUUAUUGGGUUAAGUCAUUCAUGUUGUUUAUCCACUACAAGAAAACAGCGGUAUUCUGACGGACGUUCCGACGGAAAAUG